UGUUGUGUUUGUUUUCUUUUGGCGGUAUUUUAUUUACGAAAUAAAUUCAUUAUAUGGAGUAAACAAAAAGGAAAUUAAUUUACUUUUAAAGUAUAUGUUAUACAAAACAAUCAAAUCAAAGGAUAUUCCCCUUCAAGACAUGAAAAUUUUCGUGCGUUCGGCGCAUAACCUAAAAGAGAGAUUACGAUUUUGUAAUUAUUACAGUAGCCAGCUUUUAAUUAGUAAACGCGAAAAGUCUGAUACCAUGAAAUAUUUAAAUGUUGCUGAAAAAAAUGAUGCAGCUAAAAACAUUGCAUUACAUCUAUCCCGAGGAACUUCGCGACGGCGAGAGGGGCUUUCCCAAUACAACAAGAUCUAUGAAUUUGAAGCGGAUGUUAGGGGUCAAAAGUGCCAAAUGGUGAUGACAUCAGUUUCAGGUCAUCUUCUAGCUUUAGAAUUUGUUGGUGCAUACAAAAAUUGGCAAUCUUGUAAUCCCCUGACUUUGUUUGAUGCACCGGUAUUUAAAUACUGUCCAGAAAAUUAUGAAAAAAUUAAGAGAACUUUAGAAAGAGAAAUCAAAAGCUGCCAAGGUCUCAUAAUAUGGACAGAUUGUGACAGAGAAGGUGAAAAUAUAGGUUUUGAGAUAAUUCAAGUUUGUACAGCAGCUAAGCAGAACAUACAGGUGUUCCGGGCAAAAUUCUCUGAAAUCACUGCAGUAUCAGUGCGUAGAGCUUUGCAUAACCUAGAGCAACCAAAUAAGAAUGUCAGCGAUGCAGUUGAUGUAAGACAAGAGCUGGACUUAAGGAUAGGUGCUGCAUUUACAAGGUUCCAGACACUAAGGCUUCAAAAAGUCUUCCCCAGUAAGUUGGCAGAGAGCCUAGUGAGCUAUGGCUCCUGUCAGUUUCCAACACUAGGCUUUGUGGUUGAGAGGUACAUAGCUGUUGAGAACUUUGUUGUAGAACCAUUCUGGAAAAUUAAAGUGAAUCACACAAUGAAUAAUUUGAGUGUAGAUUUUGCAUGGGAUAGAAUACGGCUCUUCGACAGAGAUGCUUGUCAAGUUUUACAUGACAUCUGCUUGGAGAACCCUCAAGCUAAAGUGUGUGAUGUCAAAACUAAACCAAAGUCCAAGUGGAGACCUCUACCUCUAGAUACAGUUGAACUAGAAAAACUAGCAUCAAGGAAGCUAAAAAUAAACGCUAAAGAGACCAUGCGUCUCGCCGAAAAACUAUACACCCAAGGUUUGAUCAGCUACCCGCGUACAGAGACCAAUGAGUUCCCGAAAGAGAUGAACCUCGGACAACUGGUGACACAGCAAGUUGGGGACCCGCAGUGGGGAGCGUUCGCGCAGGGCAUCAUGGAUAGUGGAGGGCCCACGCCGCGUCAAGGCAACAAGAGCGAUAAGGCCCAUCCGCCUAUACACCCUACUAAGUAUAUUAACAGUUUAUCCGGCAACGAGCAACGCCUCUACGAGUUCAUAGUCCGUUCGUUCCUCGCGUGCUGCUCCAAGGACGCCCAAGGCCAGGAGACCACGGUUACUAUAGACGUGGCCAGCGAGCGCUUCGCGGCCAGUGGGCUCAUGAUCACGGCCAGGAAUUAUCUGGAAGUCUACCCGUACGAUAAGUGGUCGUCUAAGGAAAUACACGUGUAUCAGGCAGGCGAAACAUUCAACCCUACCAGUAUAGACUUGGUAGAUGGAAGCACAAGUCCGCCGAAUCUCUUGACUGAAGCUGAUCUUAUCGCGCUAAUGGAAAAACAUGGAAUUGGAACCGACGCAACCCACGCAGAACAUAUAGAAACAAUAAAGAACAGGUCUUAUGUGGCACUGGCGGACGCUAUACAUUUCGUUCCCGGCCUGUUGGGCAUGGGCUUAGUAGAAGGCUACGACGCGAUGGGGCUCACGAUCUCCAAGCCACACCUGCGGGCGCAGUUGGAGGCCGAUUUGAAGGCUAUCAGCGAAGGGAGGAAGAAUCCGCAGAUAGUGCUAGCUGAACAGGUAGCAAAAUACAAAGAGGUGUAUUUGACCGUGACGGCGGAAGCGAAUAAGAUCGACAGCGCGUUGGCUGAAAGAUUUAGCGAAAGGCCUAAUGAAUACACUCCUAGCACUGAGAACUUGCCUGUUCAGAUGCCCUCAGUUCUGAAAUGUCCUAAAUGCGGGACAGACAUGGUGGUGAGACAGAAAAAGAAUAACCCUGAAGAAUUGUACAUAGGUUGCUUGUCUUAUCCACAAUGUAAAAAUGCAGUGUGGCUCCCGUCGAUUGUAAAGACAUUGCAAGUUUUACCGGACUCAUGCCCCACAUGUGGGCCAAAUUACAAGAAAGUUAUAUUCGAAUGGAGAAAUAAUUCGAUAAGUCACUUAUACCCGCCUCCUUACACUACCUGUAUCGGAGGCUGUGAUACGUCUUUUCUAGAAUUACUCAAAAUCAAUCUUUCUAGUGUCCGACGAGUGCCUGAAAGUCGUCCGCAGACGGUUACCACCAACCCUACUAGACCAAAUAAUAGUAUAUUCGGAGGAACUAGCAACACGGUUAACGUUAUGCCUGCUAGAACAACUCAAAACCGACCCAGUAAUCCAACAAGGAGUUUUGUACCUCCUCCUCCUGCGAAUACAGUUCAAAAUCCGACGAACAACACCCGGAUGCCGGUCCUUAGAAGUAACAGCAACGCAAAUGCAGAUGACAACAAUGUGAUGUGUGGGUGUAAUCAAACUGCAAUCUUGUUAACUGUCCGAAAGCAAACUGCUAAUUUCGGAAAGAAAUUUUACAAAUGCGCUAAGGGCAAAGAAAAUGGCGGUUGCGAUUUCUUCUUAUGGGCGCCCGAAUCGGCUGACGGUGGUGGGCAAACGCAUUUUGACACACCGCCUCAGUCGAGUAACUCGUGGGGCAAUUCCACCGCCGCUCCUAGCAGCAACAACACUACUAGGGGCUGGGGUAUAACACCUAGCUUUUCUAGGGACGACUUUCAGGGGAACGACGAUAAUGUUAUGUGUAACUGCGGUGUGCCAUGUAAAAAAGUCACGGUCCACAAAGAAGGUCCGAAUAAAGGCCGCCCGUUUUACGGCUGUCCGAAGGAAUACAACGCUCGUUGUAAUUUCUUUCAAUGGGCAGAUGAUGGCGGUAGCACAGUUACAGAAUGGGGUAGCGCGAACACUAGCAGAGGCCGAGGUCGCGGUCAGAGCGCCUCCCGCGGCCGCCGCUGCGGACUGUGCCGUCAGGAAGGUCACGUCAGAAGUCGCUGUCCCAACCUUAACACGGAUUAACUGCUAGUUAUUAGGACAAAUGCUUCCCAACUAGGGUUAAGACACCCUUAGGUGUAGUCAGGACAAAAGAGUCUCAGUGUCAAAAGGAUGUGGAAAGUUGCUGUAAGAUAUAAUGAAAUUUGUAAGAUAUAGGAGAACACUAGUUCGCAUUUUCUACUUUCUUGCGCUAAGUAAUAUUGUUUAUAAUAUGUGAAUAAU